GUAGUAUUCUACGAGGUAUUGUCAGUGGAGCGUUUGUCAUUUUGUUGGUUUAGUCGUUCGCCGGCGUUCUUUUUGAAUUUUAAGUGGAAAACUUUGUUGAGAAUACAGAAUGUCACCAAUUAAAAUACCAGAAAAGCAACUAACCGAAUUGCGUGCUUUUGUCACGUUGCUGAAGUCCCAGCCUUCUCUCUUGCAACAGCCAGAAUUGCAGUUUUUGAAAGAAUACAUCGAGAGUCUUGGGGGAAAGGUUCCCGCGUGCGAAAUUCCCAAAACAGAGAUUCCAAAAUCUUGCCCUGCUCAUGAAAGCCAUAAGGCUUCAAAGCCAGCUGAAGAUGAAGAGCCAGAGUUGGUGGAAAGCGAUGUUGAGCUGGAUCAAACUGGAGUCAUUGAGCCUGACAAUGAACCACCUCAGGAAAUGGGAAAUCCUGACCAAGAAAUGUCAGAAGCUGACGAAGAAAAAUUCUCAGACCUCCGACAACAAGCUACUGCAGCCUUUGCAGAGGGUGAUUAUCAGAAAGCUGCUGAUUGCUUCACCGAAGUUAUCAAACUGAAUCCACAGUCUGCAUUAAUGUUUGCUAAGAGGGCAAAUUGCUUUAUUCACCUGAAUAAACCCAAUGCUUGCAUCCGGGAUUGUGAUCGUGCUAUUGAGAUUAAUCCAGACUGUGCUCCUGCCCACAAAUUCAGGGGUCGUGCUCACAGGCUAUUGGGUAACUGGGAAGAAGCCGUCAAGGACCUGCGUUUGGCGUGUAAAAUUGAUUACGACGACCAGGCUAACGAGUGGUUGAAAGAAGUUACUCCAAAUGCUAAAAAACUGGAGGAGCACCGGCGCAAGUACGAACGCCUUCGCGAAGAGAAACUGCUGCGCGAGAAACAGGCAAGGAUUCGACGAGCCCAAGAGGAGCAUCAGAAAGCCCGGGAGGCAAGCGAAGCCAGAUCGUCUUCCGCCGGAGCUAACCCGUUUGCCGGAAUGGGAGGUAUGGGUGGCAUGGGAGGUAUGGGCGGAAUGGGAGGUAUGCCUGACAUUAGCUCCCUACUGAACGAUCCUGAAGUCCUUGCUGCAUUCCAGGAUCCGGAAGUGGCGCAAGCUUUCCAGGACGUGUCGGCCAACCCGCAGAAUUACGCGAAAUACGAAAACAACCCCAAAAUUAAAUCUGUCAUCAAUAAAAUGGCUGCCCAAUUUGGCGGAGGGAUGGGAAUGGGUGGUGGCUUCCCUGGCGGAUUCCCUGGUGGCUUCCCAGGCGGCUUUCCCGGAGCAGAUGACGGCAGUAGUGGUGCUGCGCCGAAUUCAGGAUCAGCUGAUGAUUUAGAUUAAGAAAGGGUCAACACAUUAGCGGAACGCAGCAAUGAUUUCCUGUUUUCGGAGAAUGGGCCAGUGGUAUUGACCGGUUUUGCCGAAGGUUUUUUGUUUGUUUUUUUCUCCUUCUGUCCAGUACUCAAGAUAGUCUCUUUUCUCUUGUUCUAAAUUUCUAAUUCAAGUUCUUUCCUACCAGUUUGAUAUAGACCGCAUACAUAGUCAAUAAAUCAGAUGCAGUUUACAUAA